UAUAUAUUCCCUCCCCAUACCCACAUUUCCAACACCCACACCAUAUCUCUCUGCUAUUCCAUGUCUUACAUUUCGAUCGAAACUCACCGGCGAAAAACCAUUUGAUCAACAUCGUUUAUUCACCUCUCUAUAUCCAAGUCUCCAACACCCACACCAAAUCUCUCUGCUAGUCCAUCUCUUUAACUUUGAUCAAAACGCACGGGCGAAAAAUCACUCCAUCAACUUUCUUUAUUCACUUCCCCAUACCCACGUUUCCAACACUCGCACCAAAUCCCUCGGCUAGUUCAUCUCUUACACUUCGAUCAAAACUCACCGGCGAAAAACCACGUACUCUUGAAAUUCUAUAUUAACCAUGAAAGAGACCAACGUGGUUCCGGCGAAAAGUACGGAGACCAACGUGAUUCGGACGAACAGCAUGGAGACCAACGUCGUUCCGGGCAUCAGCACAGAGACCAACGUCAUUCCAGCGACUACAGAGACCAACAUCUUCAGGUCCAUCAACAACAUCGGUUUCUCAUUUCACAACACCCAACCUUCCCGCUCCCUUCAGUCCAUCAACAGCGUUUCGCGAUCGUCGUUGUCAGUAAUGGCCAACCUGGCUGUAUCUCAGCUUGAGCCAGCGGAAGAAAAGCAAGGAACGACCGAAGAAAAUCCUGAGGAACAAGGCAAUCCACCUGCCUAUCGCUGGUGGGCUGAUCGCGAUUAUCUCGGAAACAAAUACACUCAGAUUGGUAACGGGGACUCAUACUCGAGAGUACCGAGGGUGCUGGAGCUGAGUUACCCAGAGGCAGUAUCACGCUAUGCCCUUGCUCCCGAAUUCGUCCCUUCUUCUUCAACUGCCUGUGACCAGCACCAGCACCAGCAUCAACCUCCAAAGCGUCCUUCACCACUCUACAAGACGGUAUUAUGUCGGUACAAAAGUUCUUGCUCGAAGGGAGACGGGUGUAACUUUGCCCAUACUCUUCACGAGAUUCGUAGGACACUCGUGUAUGACAGAGAUUGCAAGUUCGGAAGCCGUUGUCCGUAUGGCCGUAAUUGCUUUUACCGUCAUUAG